AUGUUUGCAUUCGCAACCCGUCGUGCUGCUACAUCCCUCAAGCCUGCUGUGCACAUGAGUGUGCGCACGAAGUACACGCUUCCCCCGCUUGACUACGACUAUGGUGCGCUAGAGCCUGCAAUUAGCGGUGAGAUUAUGGAAGUCCACUACAACAAGCACCAUCAGACGUAUGUGAACAACCUCAACGCCGCCGAGGAGGCGCUUGACAAGGUGCGCCAGUCCAACAACAUGGAGAAUCUCAAGUCUGAGGUGGGUCUCUUGAAGGCCAUCAACUUUAACGGUGGUGGCAACCUGAACCAUACUCUAUUUUGGAAGAACCUUGCUCCCCCCAACAAGGGCGGUGGCCAACUUGAAGGCGGUGUGCUCAGGGCCGCCAUUGAGCGCGAUUUUGGCGGUGUCGAUCAAUUCAAGAACAAAUUUAACGCCACACUUGCCGGUAUCCAAGGCUCUGGCUGGGGCUGGCUUGUCCUCGACCCCACCAGCAAGCAGCUGCAAAUUGUAGCGACGGCCAACCAGGACCCGGUUGUGAACCAGGUGCCCCUCAUUGGUAUUGAUGCCUGGGAGCAUGCAUUUUACUUGCAAUACAAGAACGACAAGGCAAGCUACUUUAAAAACAUUUGGAACGUGAUCAACUUUGAGGAGGCAGAGAAGCGCCUUAAAGCCGCAAAGUAA